AUGGCUAAAUUAGAAAACUAUCAAAAUUUGACUAAAACUCAUAAAGGUAUAGUCUAGCCAGAUAUCCUUGAUAAUGGAUUUUGCUAUAAAAAAGACGUUCAGGUAAAUUUAUACGCCAACAUAAUUGGUAAACUCCCUGGAAAGCUUUCAAUUUGGCAUUUGGAAAAAGACCCUUUCAAAAAAGUCUCAGCAUUUUCUAGACUAUCCUAUCAAUAUGAUGAUUUAACAUUUAAAAACCAACUCAACACCUUUUUAAAUCAUAAAUUCAUCUGUGAAUUUGCUCCUUCUGAUAACCAAAAUGUAAAAUUAAGGGCAGAGCUCAACUCAAAUCUUAGAGAAUCCUAUUUCAAUAGAAAUAGUCUUAUUUUAGACUGCAAUUACCCUAAUUUCAAUGGAUCUUUAUCUAUCACAAACAAUUGCAUCCUUAAACUGACUAGUGUCAUUGGCUCAAAGUUUGGAAUUGGCUUUGACGCUGCUUAUGAUGCAUUGAAGCCUCAUUUCCCAAUUUAUAAUGGAGCAUUAUGGUGGAAGAACGAUAGUUUUAACGUGGUUGUUAAACACCAAAGCAUGAAUCAAGAUAUAUAUGAAUUAGGAACAGUAUAUGUCUAUGGCUUUACAGAGCUAAACAAAACAAAAAUAGCUUGUGAGAUGAAAAAAGAGCCUAAUAAAGACCCUGAGUUGAGAUUUGCGUUAAUGAGGAACCUAACUAAAAAUAGUUCAGCUAAAUUUAGACUGGCAGGAAAUGAAGUAGCAGGAUCUUUGAAAGUAAAAGUGAAUCCACAUUUAACAGUCAUCACAUCAGCGAAUUUAAGAAAUAUGCCGCUAUUGAGCCCAGAAAAUACAGAAUUUGGAGUAAAAUUGAAAUUGAACUUUUAG